CCGCCACCUCGCCACCACAGCAACCCCCCGCCGCCGGAGCCCGGAGGGAAGUCAGGAUGGUGUCGGGGUGCGUGGUGGUGGACGCCCGGGGCCACAUGAUGGGUCGGCUGGCGUCGGCCGUGGCCAAGGAGCUCCUCAAGGGGCAGCGGGUGGCGGUGCUGCGCUGCGAGGAGAUGACCCUCUCCGGCGGCCUGGUGCGCCAGAAGAGCCGGUUCCUCCGCUUCCUCCGCAAGCGGAUGAACACCAAGCCCUCGCACGGCCCCGUCCACCACCGCUCCCCGGCACGCAUCUUCUGGCGCGCCGUCCGCGGCAUGGUCCCGCACAAGACCGCGCGCGGGGAGGCCGCGCUCGCCAGGCUCCAGGCCUUCGACGGCGUCCCGCCGCCGUACGACCGCACCAAGCGCAUGGUCAUCCCCGACGCGCUCAAGGUCCUGCGGCUGCAGAAGGGGCACAAGUACUGCCUGCUCGGGGAUCUCUCCAAGGAGGUCGGCUGGAACUACCAAGACACCAUCAGGGAACUGGAGGAGAAGAGGAAGGAGAAGGCGAAGGUUGCAUAUGACAGGAAGAAGCAGUUGGCCAAGCUUCGCGUCAAGGCUGAGAAGGUGGCCGAGGAGAAGCUCGGCUCUCAGCUGGAUGUUCUGGCACCAGUCACAUAUUAGGAAUGGAAUCAAGUUAUACCCCUAUGUAGAUUGCGAGGUUCCUUUUAAAUUGCUCUGGAUAGGAGUUGUUAAUGGUUCCUUGUCUGGAAUUUUGCAUUAGGGAGUCCCUAUACCUAUAUAUGUAUGUAGUAUGAGACCUGUCUUGGAACAGAAUGGGUUUAUACCCGUGAUUGUGAGGUAUGAAAUUUCUGGUUGAAUUGUAUAGAUUUGAAAUUGUAUCGGCCGCAUCCCUGGUUUUGUCA